UCAGGUUUUUUGGGCGACACUACGUCAGAGUUUAUUUCAAUACGUUCAACGAUUUCUCCUGGAAUAUCAGCCACCGCAUACGUCGAGGUUGAACGAUUACUCUCAUUACUUGAAAAUAAAAAAGAUGCCGUUAACCACAUACUAGACCUAGUGCAAGUAUAUGCCGUAGGUCCGGAUUUUCAGCAAGAUUAUUCAAUGCCUUGCAUCACUUGCUGGAGUGCCGAAUGCCUAAAUAGCGAGAUCAUAAAAAAACUUUCAAAUUUGUUUAUGGAUGAGUUUGAAGUGGUCAACAAAGUAGUCUUUAUGAAUAGAGAUGUAAAUGGUGGUAAUAGUGUUCAUGACGGAGAGUUUAAUAGUAAUGGACCAACUGAUUCGUCUUCAUCUUCAGAAAAGAAUGAAAAUGGUGAUGAUGAAAAAGAAAAUAACGGAGUUAACGAUGGUGAAAACGGUGGAGAGUAUAAUGAUAAUGAUGGUGGUGAUGAAAAUGGUAAUGAUGAUGAAAAUAGUGAUGGUGAUGAAAAUGGUGGUGAUGAUGAAAACGGUGGUGGUGAUGAAAAUGAUGAUGAAAAUAGUGGUGGUGGUGAUGAAUAUUGUGGUAAUGAUGAAAAUGACGAUGAAGGUAUCACUAUUACAUCUACAGCUACAGCCGCAAAAGUUACCACCGCUAAUAAUAAGUCAUAUUCAAACAUUUUGGAGUUUUAUGCUAAUGUACAUGAUUGUAGAACGGGACGUAUGCUAAGUGAAAAUUGGAAAUCACUUUAUGAGUUAGGUUUUGGCUAUUUUCUAGACUCUGUGGAGAUUAAAAUUUCUCCAAUUCCACACGAUGAUGAAAAUAUGUUCCCCAUGAUAGUGCCAAAAGAUGAUUAUAAACAGCCAUAUAAACUCAAUCAGGCUGUUGAAAUAUUAUCAGAUCAUAGAACAAGUAAAGGGGUUGAAGGUCAAAUUAAUGGAGCUGGUGUUCAAAUGAAAGGUAGUUAUGUUGUAAACAAUGCCAACAGUGUUAAAAAAAUGACUCAUGAAUGGGAGGUGGAACGCGACGGUUGUAGCACAACUGGGGCGCGCUGGUUAUAUAAACCUGUCGGUAAUUUUUACAAAAGAGAUAUAGUUCCUGGCAUCCAUUCUGGUCAAUGGUACACUCUAGAUGCGAUGCGUGGUUUUAGCAUAACUAUUACACAAAUAUUGCGUUGCGAGUUCUGUGGCUGUGGAUGGAGUAAAAUCAACAAGAAAUCGAAGCUAAUAAAGCUAUGCCCCCAAAUGGCUCACGUAUUAGAAAUAUCUUUCAACAGUAUUGAUGAUUUUAACGAAAAUUUUGCAAAACUUAAUAAAGAUUACUUCAUACACGAAGGUCUCAUUGCUUCUCUAGGUGCCAAAGAUUUGGACAGCAUAAAAAAUACUUAA